AGUGACACUCACAUUGGGAACAUGGCUGCCUCUCUGUCAGGAUUAUUAAAAACCUGGACACCAAGAGUGUUCCUGGUGAGAUGGAGCAGGUAUAACCCAUACUAUCUGGAGCCAGAGAUCAGGAAGGAGGUGUACAGUAGAUCAGAGGCAGAGCUGACUGCGGAGGAGAAGGAGCAGCGGCAGCUCAAGGCGCUCAGACCCAUCAAGGCAGCAGCCAGCGGAGUCACCAGCUCUGUUUUCAAUGACCCGGUCCUCAGUAAAUUCAUCAACAUGAUGAUGCAAGACGGAAACAAGAUUUUGGCCAGAGAGAUCAUGACACAAACCCUGGAGAACAUAAAGAGGAAACAGGUGGAGAAAUACCACAAAGCGUCAGCAGAGAAGAAGGAAGAGAUCGAGUGUAACCCCUACGCCAUCUUUCACCAGGCUCUGGAGAACUGUAAGCCUGUGGUUGGGCUGGCCAGCAUACAGAAAGGUGGAAAGUCCUAUCAGGUGCCCAUCCCUCUUACGGACAACCGACGUCGAUUCCUCGCCAUGAAAUGGAUGAUCACAGAGUGCAGGGAUAACAAACACAGACGCACGCACAUGUAUGAAAAACUUUCCCAGGAACUGAUGGCAGCCGCCAUCAAGGAGGGCAACGUUAUCAAGAAGAAAUACGAGCUGCACAAGAUGGCAGAAGCCAACAGAGCCUUUGCCCACUACCGCUGGUGGUAGAAUGAAACUUCUCUGAACUGCAACCCUGUCAAUUCAAACGUCUCUUCAAAUAGACAGAGGGGGCAGACGUUGUGUUGGCCAUGGAAGAUUCAGUGACACGUUGUGUCGCUCAAAGUGCUGCUGUAAAUAGUAAACACCAUGAAAAUCCUAUGGUGGAAGGACUAUGCUGUACAAAGUGAAAUAUGUAUGAACUGAAUGAACAUGGCUGUCAGUUUUUGCCUUGAGAAAUUGUAUCAUACAGUGAACAGUGAAGCUCAGUUGUAUUGUCAGUUGAAACACAAUAAACACACUGAACCAAAUUAAGGAAAAACUUCCAGAGAUUUAUUAGAACAAAUAAAUUUGCAUUAAAUGUAGAACCCAACCAUAAAAAAUGGAACUGAGUGAUGUAAAAAUGUUGUAACACCGUAUUAAAAUAUAGAAAUGUAUAUUACAGUCAAGUCUGUGCCCUGCCAUUACAGGACUUUAAUUGUCUACAGUAUUCAAACUUGGCAUUUUCUAAUUGCAUUAAGUCUUUUUAACUCUUCAGGAUCAGUUUAAUACAUCGUUUAACCUCUUUGUUUCUGGUCUGAAUGUUGUGAGAAACACUGAAGUUUACAUGUAAACCUUCAAACACUACUAGAAAAAAAAAAGGAAUUUGGAAAUUAUACAAAAUUUCUUAAAACCCCACCAUGGCUGGGUUUUCAACAAUUAAUAAUUCUC